UUUCGCUGUUAGUAUUUCAAAACCUAACGUAACACUGAAUCAGAGGAUAUUUCACGUUGUUGCAUAUUGAAAUUGAUGAUAUUCUUGAUGCAACCUCUUUGAAUCUGUUUUCGAUGUUAUUUAUCACACAAUUUUUCACUCGACAACUUGCUCGACAAAAUCUGUGGAAACAUCUUCCCUUCUGCAUACAACUAAGAAAACAUCAGGAUUAUCCUCUAUCAAGAAAGUGGAGGGGAAACUUGAAAACAAUGAGUCUACAAAGUCCAAUUUUGGAUAAUCUUAUGACCCCGGAAAUGAAAAAAUUGUGUGAUUUAUUUGAAAAAUACAACUAUGAGUUAAGAAUUGCAGGUGGAGCUGUACGAGAUGUCUUGAUGAACAAAACACCUCAUGAUAUAGACUUUGCUACAACUGCCACUCCUAGUCAAAUGAAAGAUAUGUUUACAAAGGAAGGCAUCCGAAUGAUAAAUAUGAAUGGAGAAAAACAUGGCACAAUUACAGCAAGAAUAGAUGACAAAGAGAAUUUUGAGGUUACAACAUUGAGAAUUGAUGUAGUGACAGAUGGAAGAAGAGCUGAAGUGGCCUUCACUACAGACUGGAAGAUCGAUGCUAAUAGAAGAGACCUCACAAUCAAUGCCAUGUUUUUGGAUUUUCAGUGGACGUUGUAUGAUUACUUUAAUGGGAAAGAGGAUUUGGAAAAUAGAAGGAUUCGCUUCGUUGGUAACCCAAAUGAAAGAAUACAGGAGGAUUAUUUGAGAAUAAUGAGAUACUUUAGGUUUUUCGGAAGAAUAGCAGACUCCAACACUGUGCAUGAAAAAGAGACUUUAGAAGCAAUUAAGCAGAAUGCAAAUGGGUUACAAAUGGUCUCUGGGGAGCGGCUUUGGAUGGAGUUGUCAAAGAUCAUAGUGGGGAAUUUUGCCUCCAGUUUGAUGGAGACAAUGGUAGUCUGUGGAGUUCACACCUACCUAGGUUUUCCCGAUCAAUGUAAUUUGGAGGAGAUCAAAAGGGUAUGUGAAGUGACUGAGGGAAAGCCAUACCAUGUCAUGUCUAGAGUUGUUGCCCUGCUGUCCACCGAUGAUCAGUUGUAUGAACUGGACAAGCGACUGAAGCUCUCCAAUGAUGAAUUUGAUAUCGGAAUAUUUGUUAUUCACAACAGAGACACACCAAUGGGAGAAGAUAAACUCAAAUUUUGUAAAUAUCUUUUUAUUGAUACCACUGGUAAGGAUAAAAAGACAUUUGAGAACAUCUGUGAACUUUUAAGAUACAGAAAUGAACCAGAUCUUCUGGAAGAAUUCAGAAAAUGGCCAAUCCCCACACUACCAGUUACAGGCAGUGAUUUGGUCAAGAUGAACAUUCCAAAAGGUCCUUUAUUUAAACAAACAUUUGAUGAGGUCCGGCAGAGGUGGAAGUUCAGUGACUUUACUCUGACUAAGGAAGAACUGCUGGAUAUGGUUCCUCAGAUUUCUGAAGAUCUGAAAUUAAAUCCAAGGAAACAGAGUCCAAAACCAAAGAGAAAAAGGAGAAGUUAAAAAAUAAACAUAUGAAAAAAUGUCACUGUGUAUUAAGAGUUGUCUUUCUUUUAAUUAGUGAAUAUGUUGACUAUUAAACAUUAUAAAAUAUAAAAAUAAAUUGAGGGAAGAAAAAGUAUAUUGUUUAUGUAAUAAUGAUAAAUCAAUAUAAAUAAUAGUAUAUAUUAUUUACAUUCCAACAAUGGAGUUAUAUUUUGUAUUUAUUUUGAAAUUGUUGGAUUUCCCCCCUUAAAUCCAGUUGUCUCACAUUUUAUAUUUUUGAGUUCAUUGUAUUGCUGAAGUUGUCUUUCUUUGAUCAUUUGAAUCUUAUUAACAAUAUCUCUAUCAAUUUAAUUCAUUG